AUGGAUCAGGCAGACACAAAAGAGCGGAGGGACUCCGGAUCUCACGAUAUCACAUCUCCGGACAAACUCGUCUGUCAGUACCACGGAAGCGAGGAGAUUGUUAGGGCCGGAACUCUCGCAGCGCUGGUGGAAAACCUGACGCGCCACGACAAGCUCGACGGUUCCUUCAACCGGAUUUUUUUCACCACUUACAAGUAUUUUACCUCUGGAGCAGAGCUCGUUGAGCUCCUCAUCGAUCGAUUUGACUGCUCGCCUCCCACAUUAAACGCCACCCAGAAGGCGAAAUGGUCGACUCAGACAAAGCCACUGAUUCAACUGCGUGUGAUAAAUGUUCUAAAGCAAUGGCUCGAACAUUUUUGGAACGAGCCAAAAGGCAUUGAUACAGAUCGGAAUUUGCACUACAAUGCCACCGAGACAAGCGCGACACAACAACUUCUCACAAUCAUUCAGCGCCGACUUGCGGGUUUCGAUUGCAAGAGAAGAUCCCUAUCAUCCAUCUCAACCCCGCCAAAGCCAAUUCUGCCACGGAAAUUAGACAAACUCCAGUUCCUCAAAAUCGAUGCCACGGAAAUUGCCCGCCAGCUGACUAUCAUGGAAUCGCAUAUGUUCGGCAAAGUACAGCGAGACGAAUUGUUAAACAAAAACUGGCAAAAGAAAGACAGCUCAACCACACCCGAGCUAGCUCCAAACAUCAGGGCCUUGAUUCGUUAUUCCAAUCAGCUCUCUAAUUGGGUCGGCGCCCUAAUACUCACAGAAUCGGAUUUGAAAAAGCGCACUCAAGUGGUAGGGCAUUUAAUCAAUGUGGCCAACACAUGUCAUCAACUCCAUAACUAUUCCGCGGUGGUCUCUAUCCUGGCAGGCCUAGAAAGCGCACCAAUCUACCGGCUUGUUCGCACUUGGGCAAUGGUUACCGAACGCAGUUGCAACACACUAAGGCCCUUGCAAGCUAUGAUACGCAGUGCACAAAAUUACCAAGCCUACCGUGACACGUUACGGGUUGUAGUGGCACCGUGCGUUCCUUUUCUUGGUUUGUUUUUGAAAGACUUGACAUUCAUCGAAGAUGGGAACCCAGCCAUGACACCGGAAGGGCUCGUCAAUUUCCACAAAUAUACUAUGUUAGCAUCAACCAUCAAUGAGGUUCAACGUUUAAAAGAAUGCCCUUACAACUUAAGACCCGUUCCAGAGUUGCAGGAAUAUCUUGCGACUCAGUUGCAAUCGGCUGUUGAUUUACACGAUAUGUGGGACAAAAGCUGUGAGCUGGAACCUCGAGGCCGGGAUCUUGGAAAUAGACCCCGGGAUCUAUAUAUCCCCACAGGAGGCAUGUUCGCGUCUAUGGUGGUCGCCUGCAUGGUCCUGGAUGAUUGA